AUGACUACCAGUGAAUCUGUGAAGGACAUGACUUCGAAGUUUAACAAGUUGGAGAAGUUCCAGGGGAAUGAUUUUCGUCGCUGGCAAAAGAAGAUGCACUUUCUUCUCACCACUUUGAAGGUUGUGUAUGUUCUGAGUACACCAAUGCCUGAACUCAUGGAGGAUGAGACACUGGAACAAACCAGGAAGAGGAACAAGUGGGAGAAUGAUGACUACAUCUGCAGGGGUCAUAUUCUGAAUGGUAUGUCUGAUGCUCUCUUUGAUAUAUACCAGAAUAUCAAAAGUGCUAAGGAAUUAUGGGAUUCUUUAGAGUCUAAAUAUAUAGCAGAAGAUGCUUCUAGUAAGAAAUUCUUGGUUUCUGAUUUUAACAAUUACAAAAUGGUAGACUCUAGGCCCGUAAUGGAACAAUACAAUGAACUUAUUCGAAUUUUGGGACAAUUCACACUUCACAAAAUGAACAUGGAUGAAAGCAUUGCUGUGUCAAGUGUGAUUGACAAAUUACCACCAUCCUGGAAAGAUUUUAAGCACACUUUAAAACAUCAGAAAGAGGAAAUGUCUUUGGUACAAUUGGGUAGUCACAUUCGGAUUGAGGAAUCACUCCGGGUUCAAGAAUGUGACAAGGUGAAAGGGAAGGUUGAUGUUGGGCAGCCUUCUGUUCUUAUGGUUGAAGAGAAGAAACACAAAAAUGACACCAAAGGAAAGGGCAAGAAACGUAAGUAUGAUGGCCAUGACAAAUCCAACAAGAAAGCCAAGGAAUUGGAGGAUGAUUUCUCUUGGUGGCUUGACUCGGGUGCUACUAGCCAUGUGUGUAGACAUAAAGAAUGGUUUGAGAAAUUCGAACCAAAUUAUGAUGGAUCGGUUCUACGCAUGGGAGACGAGUCAAUGAAGCCAAUUCUAGGAAGGGGUGUUGUUAGUUUGGUGUUUACUUCUGGAAAAACAAUUACUUAG